AACUGCACUUGCAGGCCCCAAAGGAGUCAUCAAUGAUUGGCGGAAGUUCAAGCUGGAGACUGAGGACCAUGACAACAUGCCUCCCAGCAAGCGCGAGCUCCUGCGGCAGAUGUCCACCCCACAGAAGCCUGAGGAAUUUGGUGAAAAAGUCAACCGGAAGAUGAGCACGCAGGAGUACGAGCUGAUCAAGCAGGAGGACGAGAUGUGUCUGCGUAAGUACCGCAGACAGUGCAUGCAGGAGAUGCACGAGCGUCUGAGCUUCGGGCCCAGGUUCGAGGGUGUGUGUGAGUUGGAUGGCGGCGAGGCCUUCCUGGACGUCAUCGAGAAGGAGCACCGCAUGACCCUGGUGGCCGUGCACAUCUACGAGGACAGCGUGCCGGGCUGCGAGGCCCUCAACGGUUGCCUGGACUGCCUUGCUGCAGAAUAUCCUGGCAUCAAGUUCUGCAAGAUCCGUGCCUCCCGCACCGGUGCCGGCGACCGCUUCCCGGACGAUGUGCUGCCUGCCGUGCUGGUGUACAAGGCCGGAGAGCUGCUCGGCAACUUCCUGCACAUUACGAAGCACCUGGGCGAGGAGUUCUUCGCCGUGGAUGUGGAGGCGUUCCUGAACCAGUACGGAUUCUUGCCGGAAAAGGUGUUCACUGCUUGUCCCAACGACGAGGAUGAUGCCGACGUAGAAUGAGGAAACCAUAGCCUCUAACAGCCACAGACAUCUCCUAGUUAUAAUGCACAUAUAUGUGCGGGUUUGAACGCAGCCCCUCAUGCACACAGAUUGAACUACAGUCAGAAUUCUUAGGUGCUUUAGUGUUGCCUUACUAUGCCACCUUAAACAAACACCAUAUCUGGAUAGUUUAUUCAAUUCAGUUUAUUUUUCAUAGCGCCAUUCACAACAGAAUUGCCCCAAGGCGCUUUACAAGGGUGUGUGGCAAACAAACAAAAAAUGCAUCAACCAGGAAACAAACUAUAU